GCUGGUGGUAAGGCGGGGAAGGACAGUGGGAAGGCCAAGGCGAAGGCGGUGUCACGCUCACAGAGGGCCGGGCUGCAGUUCCCGGUGGGCCGGAUCCACAGACACUUGAAGACUCGCACCACCAGCCACGGGCGAGUGGGUGCCACAGCUGCCGUCUACAGCGCUGCCAUCCUUGAGUACCUCACUGCGGAGGUGCUGGAGCUGGCGGGCAACGCUUCAAAGGAUCUCAAAGUCAAGCGGAUCACUCCCCGCCACUUGCAGCUGGCGAUCCGCGGCGAUGAAGAGUUGGAUUCCCUGAUCAAAGCCACCAUUGCCGGUGGAGGUGUUAUCCCCCACAUCCACAAGUCUCUGAUCGGAAAGAAGGGACAACAAAAAACGGCGUAG